UCACACCAAAUCUGAUACCUCAACAAGUCUCACCAAAUCUGAUACCUCAACAAGUCUCACCAAAUUUGAUGCCUCAACAAGUCACACCAAAUGUGAUACCUCAACAAGUCACACCGAAAGCUCCUGAGGACAUUUCAUCACCUAAUUCAAAUUUUUCACAUCAAGGAAGUAUAAAAUCGAUAUCUUCACAAGAUUAUCAAAGACCACUUACUUCUGGUCCUGGAGAUUUGCGACGUCAAUCAUCAACACCUAUUAUUGGAUCAGGUUCAUCGCAACCUAUUAUACAAGGUCCAGGUGAUGCACGCCGGCAUUCUGUAAAACAAUCACCACGGCAUCGAUCUCCACUUUCUAAUAAUAAUAUUUCACAAUUUAAUGAUUCUCCUAUGGAUGAUUUUUCAAGAUCAAAUACUGUACGAACCACAUCUAGUUCUGCUAGUAAUUCUAUUGGAAUUCAACUCGAUGCACGUGGACGUGUUAAACAAGACGAUAUGGCUGAGGCAUUUUUUGAAAACUCACGAUAUGCCUCACCAAACCAACAACAAAUUCGUCCAGUUGGACCACCAUAUAAUAAUACAAUUUCAUCAAAUGCAUUUUCAUACGGACGGGGAAUACCUGCGACGCAUAUGCCUGCACAGAAUUCACCAGUAAUGAACAAUAGAUUACCAUCUUCUGGAACGUCAGCUACCAUAGUCAAUAAUAACCCACAAUUAAGAACACAAUAUCCUCAACAACAAGUUUAUUCGAAUACAGGGUUUUAUAAUGUUCCUUACGAUCCAAGACGGCCACCACCACAACAACAACAACCAUAUAACGUAUAUAUGGGUCAUCAGCGACCAUCUAAUGGACUAAGUGUGCAGCGUAUGGAUGAUGGUAGACAAGUUUUAUUUUUAGUGAAAGCAUUAUAUGAUUAUAAAACCACAUCAGUAGAAGAAAUAUCAUUUUUAGCAAGUGAUGUGAUCGCAGUGUUGGGUACAAAUCCUGAUGGAUGGUGGGAAGGUGAAUUACUUGAUGAUAGUAGAAAGAAAAGAGGAUUAUUUCCUA